GCCAGACGGUUCUCUCCCCAACCGCUUCGGAGCCCGACAUGUCCCUGGCGAAGGCGAACCCCAAAAGUUCCCUCAAGGGAGACAAAGACCCAGGAGAAGAGAGCGAGGCCGUGGACGGCAAGCUCUCCAUCUUCAUCCACAAGCGGGAAGACCAGUCGUCUCACGAGGUUCUCCAGCCGCUCUUGAGUAGCUCCGAAGGCCGCCCCUUCCGCCUGGGAACGGGGGCCAACAUGGAGAAGGUGGUCAAGAUGGACCGAGACAUGACCAAAAGUGGCUGCUGCGAGGUGAUCACAGAGGAGGCGGCUGCGGCUUUGCGGAAGGCCACCAAGUGGGCCCAAUCUGGGCUGAUUGUGAGUGUGGGCCCCCCGGUGGAGACGGCCAGUCCCGAAAGCACCAGCGGCCUCUCCACAGGGGACAAGAAGAAGACGGCUCAGACCUCCACCUGCAGGGAGCGGAACUCGGAGCUGGCCAGGACCGACCCCGUGCGGCCCUUCAUCAGCGGGCACGUGGCCAACAGCAUGGCGGCGGAGGUGAUCGCUCUGCUUCACAGCUUGCUCAUGGCGCCCGAGUCGAACGCCGCUCAGAUAUGGACCACCACCGCCGAGAAAGUCUUGUCUCGUGCUCUGAUGUACAUCCCCCAGCUGGGGAAAUAUGCCGAGAGCAUCUUGGAGAACGGCAGCAGCAACGGAAGGAAGCUGGCCAAGCUGCAGAGGAUCGCUCGCCAAGCGGUGGCUGCCCUGUGUGCCCUGGGCGGCUUCAAGGAGACCAUCAAAAUCGGCUCCGAAGUUCAGGUGUUGGGCAGAGGAAUUGACAGAAGUGUGGGAGUGGUGGCCUCCAUUAAUGAACAGGAAGGGAUAGCCACGGUCAAACUCCCACCGGUCAACAUAGACUGCAGGAAGGCCUCCCAGGCCUCGGACAUUUUAACAAUUCCAUUAUCGAGGCUCUGCAUUCCGCGGUCAGAGGCCUUGCCUCUGCAGAAGCUGUCCCUCACGGAGAAGGUCGUGCAAGCCGUCCAGUCCAUGUUGCUUCCGCAGGAGGGCAGCCUGUCUAUCCACACCUCGCUUCCUGCCACGGGAGACGGCUCGACACCAGUCAUGGCCGUGGUCCGUCUGCUGGCUGAAAUCCGAACCAGAGCAUGCCUGGUGAUGGCCCAGCUCUUGGAGGACACCUCCUUCUGUGAAGAAUUCAUCCAGCAGUGUCCAGCUGCGGUGGAAGUCCUCAACCUCGUAGCCCAGGAAUGCAGCCCUGGGGAGCGGCUCCUUGUUGUCGAAGCGCAGUGCGAAAGGUUACGGAUGCUCUACCGCGAUAGCGCUCGGCCACCCCCACCCCCCCUCCAGGCAGACCGAAGACAGCCUAAAGAAAUCACCUGGAGCCCCUCAAGGGUCUUCCCACCUGUGCGAGCCUGCAUGUUCUCCUCCCAUCUCACCGCGGUGACCUUCCUGGCGGACCCCAGCGCUGGGGGAGGGCUUCCUCGGGGCACCUUCAUUUAUGCCACCUCGGCAGUUCCUGUGCAGGCGCCCUCUUUCUACUGGGAGAUCGAAGUCGUGUCCUACGGAGACGCAGAUGACGACACGGGCCCCAUUGUCUCCUUCGGCUUUGCCACGGAAGCUGAGAAGCGGGAUGGAGCGUGGACUAACCCCGUGGGCACUUGCCUCUUCCACAACAACGGGCGAGCUGUCCAUUACAACGGUUCCAGUUUGCUGCAGUGGAAGAGCGUGCGCCUGGAUGUGGCCCUCUGCCCUGGUGAUGUGGCAGGCAUCGGCUGGGAGCGGACGGAAGGGACCCCUCCUCCUCCAGGGCAGCCGGCCAAAGGCAGGGUCUACUUCACCUACUGUGGACAGCGGCUGGGGCCGUAUUUGGAAGACGUGUCGGGAGGAAUGUGGCCAGUGGUCCAUAUCCAGAAGAAGAACACCAAAGUCCGGGCCAAUUUUGGGUCUCAUCAGUUUGCCUACGUGGAGGGACAAGCCCACCGAAACGCCGCCGACCUCUGCAUCGACCUGGCAGAAGAGAUCAGUGCCAACUUUGAAGUGCUGCCUUUCGCCAUGGCCUCCGACAGCGACAACGACGCCGGCACCAGUAGUGCUUCCGAUCCUGGACCUCACGGGCCUCCUUGCAGGAUCGCAGCUGUGGCCACCGCUCAGCAACAAUACGACAGCGACUCCUCUUGUCAUUACAAAACGGAGCGCAGCUACGAGAACUUCGUCAUCUCUGGACCAGACCUUCACCCUCCGCCCAUUGCGGAUGACGAGAGCGACGAUGACGACGACGACGACGUCCCCCGGGAGGACCACUACGCCCUGCUGGUGAAGGCCUGGGAGACCAAGGUCUUCCCCACAAUUAGGAGGCGCUUCCGCAAUGAAGCAGAGAGGAAAUCCGGCUUGGAUCAGAUUAAGGGAGCCCUGCAGUUAGGGAUGGUCGACAUAGCGCGGCAGACGGUGGAGUUCCUCUACGAGGAAAACGGGGGCAUCCCUCGCGAUCUCUAUCUCCCCACCAUCGAGGACAUCAAAGACGAGGCCAACAAGUUCACCAUCGACAAAGUCCGGAAAGGUCUGACAGUCGUGACCCGCUACCCGGAGAGCAACAACGUGGCCACCAAUGCCGUGGCAACCGCCCUGCCCAAGUUUGCCAUCCGUGGGAUGCUGAAGACCUUUGGACUGCACGGUGUGGUCCUGGACGUUGAUUCGGUGAACGAGCUGGUGCAGGUGGAGACCUACCUGCGGAGCGAGGGGGUCCUGGUCAGGUACUGGUACCCGAUCGACAUGCUGGAGCGACCCCCGGCUGGCUACAGGAGGACGGCCACCAACGGGCUGGUUUCUUUGGACAACUCGAACAUCCAGAUCCACAGGGAACUCCUCCGCUGCGAAGCCGUGCUGGCCUGCCUCUACUGCCGGAUGGCCCUGCUCAACAUCUUCGCCCCCAAAACGCCCCACAUGUUCACUCAGCUCUUCAGCGUGCGGGAUAUCACCCUGGAGCACCUGCAGCUGCUCUCCAACCAGCUCCUGGCACCGCCCCUUCCAGAUGGCACCAUCUGCUCCACGUCCAUCCUCUUGGCCCAGUCCCUCCAGCACUCCAUCCACUCCCAGAACUGCUCGGCCACCGAGCUCUUCUACCAGGGCAACGCCCAGACGGUCCAGGAGUGGCUCACCAUCGCCAUCGCUCGCACCCUGCACCAGGGAGAGGAGAGCUUGCUUGACCUGACCAGACAGCUCUGCUGCUUCCUGCAGAACGCCCCUGAGCAGUUCCCCUCGGAAGAGUUCCCCAUUUCUGAGUCCAAAGUCAACAUGGACGUCCAUUUCCCCGGGGCUGCGUUUGUCAUCGUGUCCUGCAAGGAGAGCCAGGCUGGAUUCCGCAAAGACUCGUCCCUCUACAAGGCCCCCUGGGCCCGGAUCUUGCUCUACGGCCUGGGCCACAAGGUCAAGAAGAACGGCCAGCUGAACCUCAUCGAGGCCGUGUGCUACCCUCGGGACGCUUCUCCCACCAACACGGGCCUGACCCCACCGCCCACCACCAACCAGUAUCCUUCGGUCAUCAUCUCCACAGACAAGGUCCACAUCAAACUGGGCGUGUCCCCACCUCCUGGUGCCGUGCUGGUCCUGCACUCCCUUCCACUGGAGUUCCCCCUGGCCGUGGCAUUCGCGGAGCAGCUACUGGCCUGGAAGCAGGAGGACGGAGAGGGGAGGUCCGAAGACGAGCAGGACGCCAUCCCUGCCUCGGUGUUCCUGCAAGUAGUGGAAAUCCUAG